GCCGCACCUGCCGUCUCAGGUCCUGGUGGCAGGUGCGAGCGGGAAGGCUCUGGGUAGCUGGUGUAACAGACUCAGCUCCUCCGGCUGGCUUCGUGACCCUGAGGCUCACCAGAAAAGGCUUGCUCAGCCCUCGGACUUCUAUAGCUUCCAGAGAGGGAGAGAGAGAGAGCAAGAGGUAUACUUUUUUUGUGGUCUCCAACCUUGAUCCCUGCAGAGACUGAGCGAUGGCGUCCAUGGGGCUACAGGUGCUGGGAAUCGCCUUGGCGGUCCUGGGCUGGCUGGGCGCGAUCCUGAGUUGUGCGCUCCCCAUGUGGCGGGUGACCGCCUUCAUCGGCAGCAACAUCGUCACGGCGCAGACCAGCUGGGAGGGCCUGUGGAUGAACUGCGUGGUGCAGAGCACCGGGCAGAUGCAGUGCAAGGUGUACGACUCGCUGCUGGCCCUGCCGCAGGACCUGCAGGCCGCCCGAGCCCUCAUGGUCGUCUGCAUCCUCGUGGCGGCGGUGGGGAUGCUUCUCUCAGUGGUCGGGGGCAAGUGCACCAACUGCAUGGAAGACGAGACCACCAAGGCCAAGACCAUGAUCGGGGCGGGCGUGGUGUUCAUCUUGGCAGCCAUGCUGGCCAUGGUGCCUGUGUCCUGGACCGCACACAACGUCAUCCGCGACUUCUACAAUCCUCUGGUGGUUGCCGGCCAGAAAAGGGAGAUGGGAGCUUCGCUUUACAUCGGCUGGGCAGCCUCGGGGCUGCUGCUCCUGGGAGGAGGCCUCCUCUGCUGCAACUGCCCACCUCGCAGCAACGACAAGCCCUACUCCGCGAAGUACUCCGCCGCCCGCUCUGCUCCCGCCAGCAACUAUGUGUAAGGUGGGCCACUCUGCUGCGUCCCCAUCGCCCUUGUUUCAUCCUCGGACUGAGUUCAUAACAGCCUGUGAUCUCCUGACUUCCCUCGGGUCCUGCCCUGCUCGGGGCCACUAACUGCUGGGGACAGCAAGCCCGGAUCGUGCUGAAGGAGCCCUCGGGGGAGCCGUCUGCCCCGCUUGGACACAUCUCAAGGCUCCUUUACUCCGGCAAGGACGAAAGCAAAAGUGUUUCCUUGCUGCCUCGGUUCAAAUUGCUCGUGGGUACAGGGCUGGAGGAGGCAGAAGCUGCUGGGUACCGCCGUGGAGCGGGGAGCUAGGUCCUGCUGGCCGGGACAGCUCAGCUGUGACUUUGGCCCUCCGGUGGGGUCCUGCUCAUGCUGGCACCUGCGCUGACCCUUUCCUAGCCUCCUCACUCUGCCCGCAUCUGUUACUCCGGCGCUACUCAUGCCGUUAGGCCCCAUGUUUCUGAGCACACCUGGCCCUACCUGGAGCUUUGUGGCGGGAUGCCUGGAUGAGGGGGCUUGAGAGCCGGAUGGACUCUGCCCUGGAACCCCAGUGACUGACUGACAACGACUGGGCCCUACCCACCCACCCACCCUCCAAAAGGAGUUCUGUGGAGUGGAUGGACGGGUUUGAGGGAAGGGCGGAGGUGGAUUAAACUGGUUUGGGGAGUGCUGGUGCGGGGAACCUAGAAGCAGCCCAGGCUGUCCCCACCCCUUUCUGGUACUGUCUUGCUAAAGGUCCUGCUCUCUGCACCCCCUCCCUCCUCAGCAGGACCCUGGGCCUCUUGAGCCGGCCCCUCUGAAUUCCCUACCCUUGUCAAUUUCAAGGACCCUGGCCAGUCUGCCGAAGGUAUCCUGGCAAUGGCGUUGCAAGAGGGAGUCUCCCCGGACUCCCCUGCUUUCUCUGCGGUUUCUUGUUUUGUAAUUUAAGAAGGUCUAUUAUUCACAGCUGUAAUUAUUAUUAUUUUCUACAAUAAAUGGUACCUGUGUACAGGAAA